AGCCAACCGCACCUCAUGAUUGUGCUUAUAUUGAUCUUCACUCUACCUACCGUAAUCUCGCAAUUUCAUUUAUUUAUUGUCAUCAAUUGUGACUCUUACUGCCACGUAACAUUCCGUGACAAUGAAAUGCAAUACUACAGUAUCAUGGAGAACACUGCACAGAUUUCAAGACAUUUUGAUGUUCCAGUGGAAAGAGUCGAGUUUCAAAUUGAUAAUUUCUUCAAUUCCACUGAUUUUAUGCCGGUGACAACGAAUCUGGAUUGGGUUAGUCAUCUUAAUAAGACCUUUUAUCACAAAGGAGAUGGAUUCAUGAUUAUUGGACACUAUUUCUGCCCAGAAGGAAGCUGUCUCGUCGACCACACCCGUUCCGAAUACAAUCAAAAAAUCGAUAAAUGGUGCUGUGCUCUUGUUCUACUUGGUUUCUUAUUCUUCUUGCUAAUCAGUGGAAUUGCUGAUACUAUUUUCAAAUGGACAAAGAAGAAGUUAAAUGGGAAGAAGAUUGAGUCACAAGUCUAUAAAUCGUUGGAACUUGUGGAUAUGUCAAAGAAAAAUGAAAAUGCGCCUGGUGUCGGAGCAUGAAAAAAAAUCGAUUUACUGUAUAUAAUUUGAUAUCUGUCGCAUUUCUUCUAUUAGUCUCACUCCCGGCAUUUCUUUUGAAAAUUUUUCAAUUUUUUAUCAAACAUUAUUAAAAUUAAUAAAUUUCGAUAUGAACUGUUCGAGUUGUAGGGAGCAGACGAAUACUGGAAAUAUGAUGUUUUAUUUCUCACUUUUACAGAGUAUGAUCCCGGUUUUCUUUUUUGAAUAAUAUUUUUGAAUAAAUAUUUGUGGUA